AUGGCCGACCAGACCAUCGUCUACACCAAGGAUGCGCCCUUCCCCCUGGGCCCUUACUCCCAAGCCAUCAAGACCCCCACGGCCAUUUACUGCUCGGGCCAGAUCCCUCUCACCGCCGAGGGCACCCUGAUUGAGGGCACCAUCGCCGAAAAGACCAAGAAGUGCUGCGAAAACCUCGAUGCUGUCCUCAAGGAGGCCGGCUCUUCCCUCUCCAAGGUCGUCAAGACCACCAUCUUCAUCUCCGACAUGGCUCACUUUGCCGAAAUGAACGGAGAAUACGAAAAGUUCUUCUCUCACAAGCCGGCACGAAGCUGCGUUGCUGUCAAGACGCUCCCCAAGAACGUCGACGUGGAGAUUGAGGCCAUUGCCCUGCCAUAG